UGUCGGCCACCAGGAGUCUGCAGACACCCGCCUUUGGGAUGGCCGUCUUUUACUGCUGCCUCGAGCCGAGCGUUGUCCGCUCGUGCUGCUUGUCCGGCGGGUGGAGUCUGGCCAAGAUCUGUUAAACAAAGACAAAGUGAUGAACGAGCAAGGCACCACCGUACCAGCGCUGGACCAAACCAUAAAGGUUACCUUUUAAAUAUAAUAUUAACUUCUCGUUACAGUUAGGAUAAUCGCGAGGCUUUAAGUUGUACCAAAUCCACAGAAGACGUUGGCUCAGCGCGUGUACACUGCUGCUCUGUUAGCAAAGCGAGGAGGAGCAGCACUAGCGCGACGCUCGGUCUCUGUUUGACAUCAAGCUGCGGAUCCUCACCAGACUAAAGGAACCACCUGCUGGUCCGGUUGUUUAUGUUUCAUUGUUUACAUCUCCAUCAUCAGCAGGGCGUUUCUCUAAAACAGCAAAGGACAUCUGCAACAGCACUGUUUUUUAUUUUAUUUUAUGCUGAUCAGCAUCCCUCUUUUGAAGUUUUAAACUCAGAACAAUUAAUGGUGAAACAAAUUAAGUCUACCAGUUCUGCCCUAAGGACAAUGUCAGGCUGCUCUGCAGUUUUUUGUUGAUUCUGCACAAAGUGUGGAGAGAAACACUUAUUUUCCGGUCAUGUCAACGAAGACCUUUAAGUGACAAACCCAGAGGCCACUUGGGGCCAGGAAGUGGAGAGCUGGAGUUCCUCAAGCAUCAGCUCAGCCCUGCAACUUCCAUUUAUUAAAAAAACUAAAAAGAGUUUCCUUCUUUGCUUACAAUGGAGCUCUUUUUUAACCCUUUUGAUAACUUGCUUUGCAUCCUGCUGGGCAUCUCUUUCACCGUGUGGUUCACCUUGCUGCUGGUCUUCAUUAUCGUCCCAGCUAUUUUCGGGGUGUCGUUUGGAAUCCGGCGUCUUUACAUGAAAACGUUGUUAAAGAUUUUUGAGUGGGCCACACUUAGGAUAGAGAGAGGAGCCAAAGAAAAGAAUCACCACCUGUACAAACCCUACUCAAAUGCUAUCAUUGCCAGGGAGCCCACCUCCUUGGAAGAGGAGAUCAAGGAGAUCCGGCGGAGUGGUAGCAAUAAAGAUCUGGACUCUGCAUCCGAAUUUGAGAUGUCGGAUAUCUUUUAUUUUGCUCGGCGAGGAGUGGAAAGCAUCAUGGAUGAUGAGGUGACUAAGCGGUUUUCUGCUGAAGAGUUGGAGUCCUGGAAUCUGCUGACCCGCAGCAACAACAACUUUACCUACAUCAGCCUGAGGUUGACCGUCCUGUGGGGGCUGGGCCUCCUGAUCCGCUACGGCUUCCUGCUGCCACUCAGGGUUACGCUAGCCUUCACUGGUGUCGGCCUCCUCGUCUUCCUCACUUCUGUAAUCGGGCUUCUCCCAAACGGAAGGAUGAAGAAUUUCCUGAGUGAGAAAGUGCACCUGAUGUGCUACAGAAUAUGUGUCAGAGCUCUGACUGCCAUCAUAACUUACCAUGACAGUGAGAAUAAACCCAAGAAUGGAGGCAUCUGUGUGGCUAACCAUACCUCACCCAUUGAUGUCAUCAUCCUGGCCAGUGACGGCUGCUAUGCCAUGGUUGGGCAAAUUCAUGGUGGCUUAAUGGGAGUCAUUCAGCGUUCCAUGGUCAAAGCAUGUCCACAUGUUUGGUUUGAACGCUCAGAAGUCAAAGACAGACACCUAGUGGCCAAAAGAUUGAGUGACCAUGUACAAGACAAAUCUAAACUGCCUAUUCUCAUUUUCCCAGAAGGUACCUGCAUAAACAACACAUCAGUUAUGAUGUUUAAGAAGGGCAGUUUUGAGAUUGGUGCUACAGUCUACCCUGUGGCUAUUAAGUAUGACCCGAGAUUUGGAGACGCGUUUUGGAAUAGUAGCAAGUUUGGAAUGGUCAGCUACCUUUUACGUAUGAUGAGCAGCUGGGCCAUCGUCUGCAGCGUGUGGUACCUUCCUCCCAUGUCUAGAGAGGAGGGAGAGGAUGCGGUACAGUUUGCUAAUCGUGUAAAAGCAGCCAUAGCCAGACAAGGUGGACUGGUUGACCUCCUGUGGGAUGGAGGACUGAAGCGAGAAAAGGUAAAAGAUACCUUUAAAGAAGAGCAGCAAAAGCUGUACAGUAAAAUGCUGGUGGGCACCCAGGAAGACCGCAGUCGCUCCUGAACUCUUCAUGGAGGUGGACUUACUCAGAGACCAAGCUGGACACCUCUGACCACAUGAACAGUCAGCAGGAGUCCUUCUCUACUGGAGCUUCUGGGCUGGAUGUUCCUCCUCCUGAUGUCAACCUUUGGCCAUUUGGCUUCUUCAGCCUCAGCCUGGCAUGUUGAGAUGCAUCGCUGUUCUGAGGUCUGCAGCAACCCCACGAUGGAAAAGCUCAGUUAAAGCCUUGCUUGCAUUAGAAAAGACGAUGUGUAACAAAAAGUCUUCCGUGGUGACACCUAUUGGUAUCUAUAGCUGACUUCUUUGUUUUAUAGUGGAAACUUUCAUUUUUAAGACGUGUUUCACACUGUGUUGAAAUUACAGACGGGAUUACACCAGGAGCAGAGACGUGGUGGUUUGUUUUAAACCUAAACCUGUGGCAAGGCCCUUCUGUAUGUGGUAAAAAGCCAGACUUUGUUAAAGUUAAGAUAUUUUUAUGAGCCUUUUCCAGGAGAAUCUUCUUUUAGAUUUUUCUUUUAAACAAAGGCGUUAUAAACAUGUCGGAGCUGCUUUGCAAAAAAAGCUCCUGAUCUGUUGGCUUCAUGUUUUCCAUGGAUUGUGAACUUCCUCACAGUAUGAAGUGGAAUUUGUAAAGAGGUUCAUAUAAUUUCUUCAUAAAUGAUUUCAUUUAUUUAUUUUAGCUUUGUGCUUUAAAAGCACAUGGCACACAAGUACACGCACGCACACACUAUUGUCCCUCACUCUGCUCUUCUGACUGAAACUUAGUUUUAAAUGGAGAUCAGCUGAUUGGUAAACCCCCAUUAGCCCCCUAUCUGUGUGGUUUCCAUAUUGCUUCACUUAUUUUCAGUGAACUCUAAAAGCUUUUAUCUUUAUUUCUCCUCAUGAAAGACCUUUCUCCUACUUGGCAUCCUGUGACGUUCAGCUACAGCGUUUUACUCCAGUCCUUUAUUAUUCUAGUUUGGUCUCAUCAAGGAUGGUCAUUGGGUGGUGUCAAAUCAGUUCGUUUAAAUAAAUGUUCAAGAAAAUGA